AUCCAACUCAAAAUUUAAUUGCUACUUUUAGGUUGUUUUUGUAAGCCUAUUUGAAAAGAGAGUUAAAAGUAAAACUGAAGAAAUGUGCAGUUAGCAUUUCCAAGAUUUACCUAAUAAUAAAUGAAACCACCCAAAAAUUUCCCAAUCAUUGAUGUGAUUCAAAACAAUGAUAAUUUCACAUUAGAAAAUGGCGACUCGUCGCUAAACAUGGCGACAACAAUGAAAAGAAGAUUUCAUCAGCGACACGGAAAUUUGAUUUCUUUGAGCAGCAAUGGUAGAACAGCGAGCAGAAAUGAACCUCGCCAAGAGUUCAACAAUGGCCUCGUUAUAAGCAAGUCAGUUUUGAAAGAAAACGAAAUCUUCGAAGUCAGAAUCGACAAAAAGGUGGAAACGUGGAGUGGUUCUAUUGAAGUUGGAGUUACUUCUCUUGACCCAGGCAACUUAGAGUUUCCCACCAGCGCAACAGGCCUUUGUGAAGGGGCCUGGAUUUUAUCUGGUUCCACAGUACUACAUGAUGGGGAAGCCAUCCUUGAUGAGUAUGCUUGCGACCUGGACAGUUGUAAUGUAGGUGAUCGUAUCGGCAUUCAGAGAACCAACUCUGGAGAACUUCAUUUAUUUCACAACGGUGUAGACAAGGGUGUGGCUGCAACUGGACUACCGGCCAGAGUCUAUGCAGUGGUGGACUUGUAUGGUAAAUGCACGCAAGUGACACUGCUCAACACAGCACAUGGAGUGAAUCACAGCUCUGACGACUCAUCGAGUGAGGACGACAGCAGUGUGAGUGAGGACAAUGUAGAUGAUGAAGACACCGAGACUGAGGACAUUGAUCGAGUGGAGGAGCUGAGAGUCCCGCUAGACAACGCCUCUAUCUCCCUACCGUCCAACAAUGCUUUGCUGUUCCACCAAAGACAUGGAUCUCUGAUCACGCUUUUGAAUAAUGGCAGAACUGCUGAAAGGGGGAAUGCUCGGGAAGAGUUUAAUAACGGUGUUGUAAUGACCAACAGGUUACUGAGAAGCAACGAACUGUUUGAGAUUAGAAUUGACAAACUCAUUGACAAGUGGUCUGGUUCCAUUGAAAUCGGCGUCACAACUCACAUCCCAGAAUCGCUAGAUUUCCCAUCCACAAUGACCAAUCUCAGAACAGGUACAAUUAUGAUGAGUGGAUGUGGCAUUUUGACAAAUGGAAAAGGCACAACCAGAGAGUAUGGAGAAUUCGAUCUAGACGAUCUUGCUGAAGGUGAUCGCAUUGGGGUCAUGCGUAAGGCAAACGGUGACCUUCACUUCUUCAUCAAUGGCCAUGACCAGGGUCGUGCAGUAUCUAAUGCCCCUCAGGACAUAUUUGGGGUUGUUGACCUGUAUGGGAUGGCCGUGAGAGUGACCAUUCUGGAAUGGGUGCCUCCAGCCACCCACGCCAUGACUAGUUUUGUGGAUCAGCGCGUUUCACAGCUCAGUUACCUGCAGUCCUUGGCGCAGCAAGAAUCACCCAAUGUCUUCCAAGCUGGUUCUUGGGAGUGGACAGAUAGACCACGAUUCCAUGAAACAUGUGGUAUACAUGCCCAGGUGAUCAACGGGGGACUAACUGCACAUCGACCAAAUGCUAUGGACGAUUUCAACAAUGCCGUGGUGUUGACCAGCCGCCCCCUCCAGAAUGAUGAGAUGUUUGAGAUCAGAAUUGACAGAAUUGUUGACAAGUGGGCUGGGUCUAUCGAGAUUGGAUUGACCAAACACUCCCCAGAGGAACUAGAUUUCCCGUCAACAAUGACCAACGUGCGCAGCGGCACCUGGAUGAUGACUGGCGAUGGAAUCAUGCACAACGGUGUUGCCAUUGUUGAUGAGUAUGGACUCAACCUUGACAGGCUCAGGGAAGGGGACAGAAUUGGAGUAAUGAGGAAGCUUAAUGGUGACCUACACUUCUUCAUCAAAGGAGUAGAUCAAGGGAUUGCAGCCACAAAUGUUCCACCAAAUCUCUUUGCCGUGGUAGAUCUGUAUGGACAGGCCACACAAGCAACCAUUGUGGAACCCGGAGACUAUGCAGAGGAACCAGUGGAAGCACAGGUACCAGCCGAUGAUAACAUAUUACGCUUCUAUCAUUUGCACGGUCGAAAUGUCAAAAUCAGCAACAAUGGAUUGAGGGCACAACGGCCCAGCGCAACCGGGGAAUUCAAUGAUGCUAUCAUCAUGAGCAACAGACCACUACGAGUUGGGGAGAUGUUUGAGAUUACCAUUGAGAAGAUGGUGGAUAGAUGGUCGGGAUCCAUCGAAGCAGGUGUUACAACAAUUGCUCCAGAAGAACUUGAUUUCCCGAGCACAAUGACAGAUUUAGACCAUGAUACUUGGAUGUUAAGUGGUGCGUGCGUAAUGAAGGAUGGUUUAAUGUUGAACAACUCCUACGGACUGGACCUUGACACUGUUCAUGAGGGGGAUAGAAUUGGCAUUCGUUCCUGGGAGGAGACACUUCACUUCUUCCUGAAUGGACGAGACAUGGGUACAGCAUGUACAAAUGUUCCUUCAGAUGUGUACGCCGUGAUUGAUCUGUAUGGUCAGUGUGCUCAGGUUUCCCUGGUACCCAGCUCCACACCUAACAAUGUGUUGGUAACCUCAAGACAAGACUCACACAACUCGGUCAUCACAGUUCCUGGCUUGAUGCAUAAAUUCCAUACGGUGUGUGGCUCCAGCAUUCAGUUAACGGAAGACUUUGCCUCAGCUUGUCGGAUCAGGACAUUUGAUAAUGCCAUCGUCUUCAGCGAUAAAGCGCUCAGAACUGAUGAACUCUUUGAGGUCAAAGUUGACAAGGUCGCCAGCCAGUGGUCCGGUACCCUUCUCAUCGGUUUAACAACACUGAACCCUGAUGACAUCACAGACGGUCAGGUGGCUUUACCCAUUACUGCUGCCUCAUUGAGGUCAAAGGACACGUGGGUCAUCCAAGGGUCACAGGUCAAACACAACGGAAAGAUCAUCAAGGAUAAUUUCUCGUCCACGUUGGAAAGGCUAGGGGUAGGGGAUACCGUUGGCGUCAAACGUUGUCCCGAUGGUACCAUGCAUGUCUUCCUGAAUGGUGACGAUCUAGGAACAGCAGCAAGAGAUAUACCAAAGAGUACACAUGCUGUUGUUGAUGUGUAUGGAGUUGUAGAAGCUGUAAGUGUUACAAGUUCUUCCACGACAUCCUUGGAGAGCCAGAGAGCUCCUUCCAUCUCAUCAAGUAGCGGAGAGGAUUCCGACAGAGAGCAGGGAGAACCCACAUGUAGCAAUCCCAACCGGAUACAUUUCCAUAAACAUGGCAAGAACAUUUGUCUGUCUGAUAGCAACCUGAGGGCCAGACGGACAGCGAGCUACAACCAAGCAGUGGUGAUCAGUGAAUAUCCAUUACCACGGAAAAAACUGUUUGAGAUAAAACUUGAAAAGGUGACAGAUGAGUGGACGUCCUCUGUCAAGAUUGGAGUGACAAAUCAGUCACCAGAGAGAUUAGGGUUCCCUGCUUCUGCCUCUAACAUCAAGAAAGGAACGUGGAUUGUUCAAGGAGAUGCAGUUUUUCACAACAGUAACAAGGUGCGUACCUUCAAUGGACCCAACUUGGACCAAUUAAAGGAAGGCGAUACGUUGGGAGUUCUCGUUGACGCACAAGGCCAGCUUCAUCUCUAUGUCUACGGCAGAGAUCAUGGAGUCAUUGCUGAACACAUUCCUAAUCCCUGCUAUCCUUUGGUGGACCUGUAUGGACAGUGUAAAGAAGUUUCCAUAGUAACUGAAGAAUUGGGUGCAAUAGGCGUGCAAGAAGAGAGAGAAAAAGCAGCUUUUGAAAAUGCAGGAUUAAAAGAGAACACACCUCAGUCGUUGUAUGCCCUUGGGGGAAGCGGUCGGAUAUGUGAAUACCAGAAGCUUUGUCUUCGCUUCAAGAUCACACUGGGGUUACACGAUGCACACUUUGAAACAAAUCCAAAAUUCAACAAGUGCUACUGUGAGCCAUGCCGUAAGUACCAGGGCACCAGUGAAUACGGGGACCAGGGAGAUCCACUGCAACGUUACACACGCCCCUUUGGAUGGUGUAAAUUUGCCAUCAAACUGCAUAGCCGUGCCGAGACCUUGAAUGUCUUUGACUUGUGGCACGUGGCUUUCCAUGGAACCAAAGCAGGGGCUGUCAGAAAGAUAUUGGACAGUGGCACGUUGCUUUUACCUGGUGAUAUUGCGCUUGGUGGGGACCAACUGACAGAGCAGCCAGGCCAUUUCAACGAUUCACACAAACCCAAAGACUUUGACACCAAGCAGAUUUUCAUCUCUCCAUCCAUGAAUUAUGCAGGCUGCAAUGUCUACGCCAAAAAACAAAAGUUCACAGAUCCUAAGACAAAGCAAGUCUAUAAUGCCAGUGUCGCGUUUCAGGUACGUGUCCGUCCCAAUAGCUACACAACGGGACCUCAGACUAUAGGAGUCAAUCACAAUAUUGAUCCGUACAUCGAGAAUAGCAAGAUUGAGUGGUUCACAAAGGAACGUUCUGCAAUUGUACCCUAUGCUCUACUUGUGCGUGUCCAGCCCAAAUAAAAACUGCUCAAUAGAGGGUGCUAUUUAUUUGGUGUGAUAACCAUAUUCUUCAUAUUGGUUUACAAUUUAUUGCCAGUUGCCAAUGUACGGUGCAAUGUUUUUUCAGUUUCUUCAUGUCUGUGCGAGUGUGUCAUGAUCAAUCAUUUCACAUAGAAGCUGCACUUGAGUAAACUUGGAGGAGGGUGUCAGGAG